AGUGGCGAAGUGGCGCGGGCUCUGCCCCGGAGAGCGUGCAGAGCAACCGGACGAAAGGUGCGCGCCCACAGUGGCCCGGCAAGAAGGCAGGGAGGGCCGGGACCCUGCUGGCUAGUGCGCCUGGCGCUUUCUGGGACAUCCCGCUGCCAAGGAUUCCAUCCCUGCUGGUUUGGCUGGACCCAGGAAGGAAGGAUGCUGGCUGCCCUGGCUGUGUCCAGGGCCCCCGAGUGAGAGUUGGCCCUUGGGGGCCCCGGCCAGGAGCAGGCACUGGCCAUGGCUGCAGAUGUCUCCCAGCAGCGGGCACCCUCGCUGUCAGCCGGGAGCGUGGGCUGAGCUGCUCUGGUGCUGCCCGCCAGGGAACAGGGGGCCCUUGUGGCCAUGGGUGCUGCCCUUCUGGUCUCCACUCUGAGCCUGGUGGGAGCCCCGUCCCGGGCAUGACCCAACCGGCCCCCCGUGGCAUGGAUGCGGGGUACAUUGCCGUGGAGGUGAUGAUCGCCGUGCUGUCCAUCGUGGGCAACAUCCUGGUCUGCUGGGCCGUGGCCAUCAACAGCACCCUGAAGAAUGCCACCAACUACUUCCUGGUCUCACUGGCGGUGGCCGACAUCGCAGUGGGGCUGCUGGCCAUCCCCUUCGCCAUCACCAUCAGCGUCGGCUUGGAGACCAACUUCCACUGCUGCCUCUUCUUGGCCUGCUUCGUCCUGGUCCUCACCCAGAGCUCCAUCUUCAGCUUGCUGGCGGUGGCCGUCGACCGGUACUUGGCCAUCAAGAUCCCGCUUAGAUACAAGAGCAUCGUGACGGGGAAGCGGGCCCGGGGCCUCAUCGGCAUCCUCUGGCUGCUCUCGUUCAGCAUCGGCCUGAUCCCGCUGAUGGGCUGGAACCGCAGGGAUGUGGCCAUGGGGAGCUGCCCCAACGCCACCAACGGGACCCGAGGCCCUGGGGAGGGGGGCCGGCCUGCCUGCCUGGUCAAAUGCCUCUUUGAGAACGUGGUGACCAUGAGCUACAUGGUCUACUUCAACUUCUUUGGCUGCGUCCUGCUGCCCCUCCUGGCCAUGCUGGGCAUCUACGUCAAGAUCUUCAUGGUGGCCUGCCAGCAGCUGCGGCAGAUGGAGCUGGUGGGCAACUCCCGGACCACCCUGCAGAAGGAGGUCAACGCUGCCAAGUCGCUGGCCAUCAUCGUGGGCGUCUUUGCCAUCUGCUGGCUGCCCCUCCACAUCCUCAACUGCCUCACCCUCUUUGACAAGGACUUCGGCGAGCAGAAGCCCGAGGAGCUGAUGAACUUCACCAUCAUCCUCUCCCACAUCAACUCGGUCGUUAACCCCAUCAUCUAUGCGUACCGGAUCCAGGAUUUCCGGUGUACCUUCCACAAGAUCCUCUGGCGGUACGUCCUCUGCAAGCCCCAGGACUUCCCGAAGUACCCCAAGGGCGGCAGUGGCAGCAGACACCUCUCCGUCAGUAAUAUCAGCAGCGCCCCGGCCUGCAUUUGAGGCUGCCUCCACCCCCCGACUGAACUGUGCUGCGCUCGUGACCCCUGGAGGAGUCUGUCGCAAUUGACCUCUCUGCAUUUUCGUACUGCUGUGUUCCAAGCUGUACUUGUAAACAGGAAGGUCCCCAGUGGUUGGGCUGCAACUCCUGUCAGCCUGUGGCCGCUGUGGCUGGGGAUGAUGGGAGUCGUAGUCCAACAGCAGCUGGAACCCGAAGCGUGGGCAGCCCUGAACUGUAUUAUAUAUCUGGGUUUGUUUUUUAAACAUCAGUGCCUCUUGCAGGAAUGCUGCAGGUGACGAACUUGCUUCUGAGCUCCUUAUAGAUCAAACUGGAUGUUCCUCCCAAAUUAAAAAAUAAAUAAAAUAAAAAUUACAUUUAAUUCCUGCCUCCGUGACAGGGGGAGCAGGUUUUCCAGCUGUGCUGCUCUUUUUAAAAUGUCUUUAUUUUUUUCAGUGCUCAAAUGUAACUUUGCAGGGAGAAGAGGAGCCAUGUAGACUGUUUUUGGUAAAUGUGUGUGAUUUUGACGUUUUGUACACAGAUAGCUUCCUCCUGCCUCUGUUUUUUUAAUGUGUCAUCGGUUGUUUGAUGCUGCUGGUAUUCUCAAAUGGGAAAUAGUUUUAUAUAGGCCAGUUAUGAUAUUUUUGUAUGGGCUUUCUGGGAGAAGGCAGAGGAAUCGGUGGAUGUUGGUGAAUUAUUUUUUAAAAAUUGUACUGUUGAAAGGUUUUUUAAAAAAUGAUUGUUACAUUAAAGAGAGAU